AAAAUGAUACUUGAGUGCCCAAUGGCCGUUGGCUGAACGCAGCCAAUGAUACCCAAAUGUAUUUCUGAACGCACCAUUCGACAUUUCUCACACCAACGAGACACUGAAUAUCGUUGUUUCUCCCUGAUCUUUGUUGCCAGAUUAAAAUUAAAAGAAAAAAAAAAAGAAUAGAAAAUUAUUCGCAAUGUCUGAAAUCUCAGAGUCAGACUCAGAAUAUAAUUCGUCUGAUGAAGAGCUGCAAGAAGCCUUCGCUCAAGGCCGAUUAAAGCCGGGGCUUAAUGUCGCGGAAGAGAGUAGCAAGCAGCCUAAGAAUCACGUUAGUCUCAUGAAGCAAAAGUUGGAAGAGAUAAAGCUGAAUUUGCCAUGGAUCGAAAGACUGGAUAUGGUAAACGCGCUUGCACCAUUGGCACCGGAAUUAGCGCUACAAAUGCAGGAGCAGGAAGUAAGACGAGCUAAACAAUUACAAGGAAAUAAAAAGUUACCUCAGUACAAGCCAUCUGAGGAUCCUGUCUUGGAUGAUUUUCGCAGAGAAAACACAUUUCACCGUCAGGCUCAGGGUGCUGUUAUGGAUGGCGUAAAUAGAUUAAAGAAACUGGGUAUACUGACAACGAGGCCAGAUGAUUAUUUUGCUGAGAUGGCCAAGUCUGACGAGCAUAUGCAAAAAGUACGACAAAAUAUAUUGAAAAGGCAGACUAUUGCACAGAGAUCAGAAAAAGUAAGACAAAUGAGACAGCAAAAGAAAAUUGCAAAGCAGAUGCAGGUUGAGGCUACCUUGAAAAAGCAUGCGGAGAAAAAGAAAUUGCUUGAAGAAGUUAAGAAUUAUCGUAAAGGUAUACGAAAAGAUCUUGAUUUCUUAGAUGACAAAAAGAACCACAAAGCAAAUAUACCAAAUCGCAAAAAUGAAUCCAAAAGUACAAGACAAAAAAGAAUAUAGAAGGAUAAAAAGUUAGGUUACGGUGGUAAAAAGCGCGGCGGUAAAUGGAACACGAGGAGCAGUUCCGCUGAUAUUUCCGAAUACAAACGACCACAGAAACCAGGAGAAGGCAGAAAGGGAAAGAGUGGGAAAGGAAAGCAAAGAUUAGGCAAAAGUCGUAGGGUACAAAUGAAAGCAAAAAGAAAAUCAUGAAAGAGCUUUAUCAGUGAGUUUACUCUCCUAUGAUUUUUGUACAUAUUUCAACAAAAAUAGUGUGAUUGAAAUCUCAAUCAAUAAUUGUUUUGUAAAAUUUUGUGAUAAUAAAUUACGUUUUACAGUUCAA